GCUGUGGUGGGCGGCAUGGGCUGGACCCGUUGCUAGGAGUGGUUUGUACGUGAGUAUAAAUACACUCUUUCUGUCACCACACCGCCCCUGGAAACUCCCUGAGACAAACUUCUUCACUUUAAGGCAACACGACUCCACUCUCCACCAUGUCUUUCAUCCAAGCGUUCUUGCAGCAGAGCGUCUAUUUGGGCAUGCCUGAUGAUUCAGCCUUAAAGAACGAGGGAACUGUGAAGCCGGCACCCAAUUUCAACGCCAGUGGAGAUGCAGCAGUCCUGGACAAGGCCAUCAAGACAAAAGGUGUGGAUGAGAACACCAUUAUUGAAAUCCUAGUCAAAAGGAGCAAUGAUCAGAGACAGCAGAUCAAAGAGGCUUACCAGAAGGCCAAUGGCAAGCCUCUGGAAUCAGCCCUGAAGAGCGCACUGAAGGGAGAUCUGGAGGAUGUCGUGCUGGGUCUGCUGAAAACACCAGCCCAGUAUGAUGCCCAGCAGCUGAAAAUGGCAAUGAAGGGACUGGGAACAGAUGAGGACACCCUGAUAGAGAUUUUAGCUUCCCGAAACAACAGGCAGAUCCUGGACAUAAAGAAAGUCUACAAGGAAGAAUUCAAGAAAGAGCUGGAGGAAGACCUCAGGUCUGAUACUAGUGGAGACUUCAGGGCAGCCCUCAUUUCACUCUGCAAGGCUGCCAGGACUGAAGGAGUUUGUGAACAACUGAUUGACAGUGAUGCCAGGGCUCUGUACGAGGCCGGAGAGGGCAGGAAGGGCAAAGACUGCUCCGUCUUCAUCGACAUCCUAACCAGCAGGAGUGCCAUUCAUCUCCGUCAAGUAUUUGAUAGGUACAAAAAGUACAGCAAAGUGGAUGUGGCCAAAGCUAUCGACCUGGAACUGAAGGGAGAUAUUGAGAAUUGUCUCACAGCAGUCGUGAAGUGUGCUGGAAGCAGACCUGCCUUCUUUGCAGAGAAACUCUACUUGGCCAUGAAGGGUAAAGGUACUCGCAAGAAUAUCUUGACCCGCAUCAUGGUGAGCCGCUCUGAAAUUGACAUGAUACGGAUCAAGGAAGAAUACCAGAAAAAUUACGGCAAAACACUCUACCAGGAAAUUCUGGAUGACACCAAAGGUGACUAUGAGAAGAUUCUGCUCGCUCUCUGUGGGAGUGAAAACUAGCAGCUUGUGGCUGAGAUCAAGGCCUAUACAGCAGAAGGUCUGUGACAGUGUGCAACUGUGGAAAAUCGCCUGUUAAUGUACCUUUUGUGCUUGUGGAGACCCGACAAGAUAGUCUUUCUUUGCAAGACGUCAUGAUAUUUAGAAGAUAUCGGUAAUGAGCGUAUACUAACAUGGAGUUAGCACUGCUUCAGCAGAUAGAAUUGCUUAGAAAGGAAACCGCUUUUUUAAUUACAGCACAGGUCUCACAGCAGUAUACGAGCAGAUCUAUGCUCUAGACAGACUUAGCUUGCACCUACUAGGUUCUAUAUGUGAUGCUUGAAGAGAAGUUAAUGUCAGUGAUCACAGUGCAGCUGAUGUAUCCAGGUCGCCACAUGCCAAUUGUUUAGCAUUACCAUUACUCUUAAUGAGCUUUGAUAUUCUGCAAAUAAAAGCUUUUUCUUUUUUUUUUUUUUUAACUGAA